AUGGUUGAAGUGUCAUUAACAGUUGGUAAAUUAGAUGCAUCUUUAGCAUUAUUGUUAACCAAAGAUCAUCAUUUGAUUGAGUUCCCAACAAUUUUGUUACCAAAUGGUGUUAGAGCAGGUUCAAUAAUCAAGAUUAAAUGUGAUCAAGAUUUUGAAAGUGAAAAGGAAGAAGCAGCCAAAUUUAAUGCAAUUCAAGAAGAAAUUUUAAAUACUUUUGCAACUAACUUACCUGAGCCUCCAAAUUUGAAAAUUAAGAAUGUUACUCAAACUUCAUGUGUUUUAGAAUGGGAUAAAUUGAAUUUAGGAACCUCGAAUUUGAAAAAUUUGAUUUUAUUCAAAGAUGGAAAAAAACUAGGAUCUAUUCCACAACCAUUGACUAAUAGAACUUCCAAGUUAUCUGGUUUACCAAUUGAUAAAUCAUUUAAAGUUCAAUUGCGUUUAGAUACCACUGCUGGUGUUUUUUUGUCAAAUGAAAUUGAAGUUACUACUCAUAAAAUGACUGAUUUGUCAGGAAUCACUGUAUGUCUUGGUGACCUUACUCCUAAUGAUCAAUUUGAUAAACAAGAUAUUGAAGAUACUUUACAGAACAUGGGUGCUAAAUUCCCUGCUCAAACUCAAGUUAAAGUAGAUACUACUCAUUUCCUUUGUACUAGAGAAAACAAACAAAAUCCUGAGUAUGUUAAAGCUAAUGAUAUGAAUAUUCCAAUUAUUAGACCAGAAUGGUUGAAAGCUUGUGAAAGAGAAAGAAGAAUUGUUGGAGUUAGAGAUUUCUAUGUUAAAGAAUGUGUUUUACCUGAUUUGUUUGCAAAGAAUUAUUGGCAAAAGAGUAAUGCAAAUACUAAUGUUGCUACUCCUGCAACAAAUGAAUCCCUGAAUGAACCAAAAGAUGAACAGCCAUCAGUUCCUGAAAAAGACAGCAAAGUUCCAGAACAAUCAGCUGAAGUUCCAGUAAUUGUAGAACCUGUUCAGGAGGAAGAACCAGCCAAGGAAGAACCAACCAAGGAAGAACCAGCCAAGGAAGAACCAAAGGAAGAACCAAAGGAAGAACCAAAGGAAGAACCAAAGGAAGAACCAGCCAAGGAAGAACCAAAGGAAGAACCAAAGGAAGAACCAGCCAAGGAAGAACCAGCCAAGGAAGAACCAAAGGAAGAACCAGCCAAGGAAGAACCAGCCAAGGAAGAACCAAAGGAAGAACCAAAGGAAGAACCAGUAAAUAUUCCAGAAGAAACAGAAAAACAUGUUGAAGACCCUGAAGUAGAUUUAACAGAGUCACCAACACCAAUAAAAUUAGAAGCUAAGGAAGAAGCAUCUGCUACAACAGAAGUUGAAGAAGAUAAAAAUGAAACCACUGCUGAUACUGCUGCUCCUGCUCCUGCUGCUGAAGAAGAAGAAGAAGAACCAGCUAAAGAAGAGACAAAUAAUAAAGAGGAUGCCCAACCAGUUGACGUUGAAGAAACAAAACAGGCAAUUGAUGAUGCUUUUGAUUCAGUUCCACUUGAGGAUGAAACCCCUGUUUCUGAAGAAUCUAAACCAGUCGAACAAGAAGAUAAAGAAGGAGAUUUAGCUGUUUCAAGUGAACCUGAAACUGUCCCUACAACUGAAAAUGGGGUCGACAAAGAAACUGAAGAAGAGCAAAAAAACGGAGAGGAUGAGGAUGAAGGUGACGAUAACGAUAACGAUGAAGACGAGGGUGAAGAUGAGGCUGCAUCAACUGAAGCUACUCCAACUCCAACUGCUGGGAAAAAGAAAAAGAAUAAAAAGAAGAAGAAUAAGAAUAAGAAAUAG